AUGCCUUCUCGCAUCUAUGUCUUUUUCAUUAUCUAUCUAUCUAUCUAUCUAUCUAUCUAUCUAUCUAUCUAUCUAUCUAUCUAUCUAUCUAUCUGUUCCACUCUUUUCAUUAUCUAUCUAUCUUCAGAAUUUUUUUUUAAUCAAUUCUCCUCAACCAAGGCGAUAACGCCACUGAGACGCAAGGGGCUACUGCUAGUGAUCUAUCUAUCUAUUGCAAUAUGUUUCUCUCUCGAGCUGAAAACUUGCUUUAUCCAACGAAUCUCUUUAUCCGUUCACCACUCUUCAUAUUAUAUUUCUCUUUCUACCCCCUACUCUCUCUCUCUCUCUCUCUCCCUCUCUUUCUCUCUCUCUCUCUCGCUAUUUUCCAUCCCUCGCUUCUCUCUAAUUCCUCUUUCUAUCAUUUCUCUCCUUCUCCUUCUCUUUCUCUCACUCUCUUCCACUGAUCUCUUCCUCGGUAUCAUUCAUCCACAUCUCCAUAUCCGCCCCCUUCCUUCAUUUCCAACUAAUCCACUUCUUCCAUUGAUCUUCCUCCAUGCGUUUGAUGCACUUGCUCAAUGUCAAACUGGAAAUAAAAAAGCUUAA